CUCGCUCUCUCUCGUAUAGUUAGCUCUAGCUCUGCGUCAGCACGUUGUGAGGGAGAAAAAAACUUGUCACGCAUCAGCUCUCUCAAACUCUUUAAACUUUGAACGUUUAACCCGUACGAGGAGUGCCGAACCCUUCGCACCGGCUCGAUCUGUGAAGAACUCUCUGCUCCAUCUUCAGCUGUCUGAGACGUGAGCUUCAGAAAGGAUCUUUAAUGAAUAAUUUUUCGCAGCUCGAUGCCAUGGCGUUCAACUGGCGGAUUUUAUAAUUCUCUCUGAAGAACGGAUCAUCACGUCUAGUCGAGCAUUGUGGAAAAGUUACAGAGGAAACAUCACGCUGCAGAAGCUGCCGGAGUCCAGCAUGGCUCUGAGUGUGUUAGGGGUGUUUCUGGGGUUACUUCUGGAAGUUUCCACACAUGGACCCUCCAGCGUUCCCCGGAGCUCAUGGACACAGGACGAUGUGAGUCUGGUUGAGUUCUGGGAGCCGGAUGUGUUUAACUACACCACUCUACUGCUGAGUGAAGACAGAGGUGUGCUGUACGUGGGAGCCCGAGAAGUUAUUUACGAACUCAACAUGAACAAUGUGUCAAUCAAGAGCAACCAGCUGCUGUGGAAAGUUCCGGAGAAUGACAUGUCUAUGUGUAUAUUAAAGGGCAAAUCUAAAGAGACGGAGUGUCGAAACUACAUUCGAGUUUUGCAAGUCCUGGAUAAAGACAAUCUGUAUGUUUGUGGGACGCAUGCGUUUCAACCUCUCUGCGAUUAUCUGUCGCUGGAUAAUUUCAGCUUGCAGAACAGAUUGGAGGACGGUCGGGGGAAAUGUUCUUUUGAUCCGGCGCAGAGCUUCACCACAGUGAUGGUCGAUGGGGAGCUGUACUCGGGAACUGCUUAUAACUUCUUGGGCAGUGAGCCAAUCAUCUCUAGAUACUCUCAGUCUCAGAGUUUACUGCGCACUGAAUACUCCACGUCCUGGCUGAACGAACCCAGUUUUGUGUUUGCAGAUGUGAUCCAGGAGGGGCAGAACAGCCCGGACGGAGACGAUGAUAAGAUUUACUACUUCUUCACUGAGGUAUCGGUGGAAUACGAGUUCUUCGGAAAGCUAUUGAUUCCCAGGAUUGCACGCGUAUGUAAGGGUGAUCAGGGUGGUCAGAGGACCUUGCAGAAGAAGUGGACAUCAUUUCUGAAGGCUAAACUGGUGUGCUCCAUGCCUGAUCUCAACUUUGUCUUCAAUGUUGUUCAUGAUGUGUUCAUCCUGAAAGCCACUCACUGGAGAGAGACGGUCAUAUACGGAGUCUUCACCUCUCAAUGGGGGAAUGUUGGUCUGUCGGCUGUGUGUGCGUAUAACAUGAGUUCCGUGCAUGAUGUGUUUUCCAAAGGGAAGUACAUGCAGAAAGCCACGGUUGAACAGUCCCACACAAAGUGGGUCCGGUUUAAUGGAAUCACCCCAACUCCGAGACCCGGAGCGUGCAUCAAUAACCAUAACCGCAUGCAGAACAUCAGCUCGUCUCUCCACCUGCCUGAUAAGACUCUACAGUUUGUGAAGGACCACCCGCUGCUGGAGGACCCCGUGCUGCCCAUCGGCAACGGCCCCCGCCUCAUCACGAAAGAUGUCAACUACACACAGAUCGCAGUGGAGAGGGUGCAGGCCCUUGACAGAAACAUCUACGAUGUCCUCUUCACCGGCACUGAUAAAGGUGUACUGCAUAAGUCAGUGGUGUUGGAGGGAGGAGAGGUCCACAUGGUGGAAGAGAUCCAGCUUUUUAAGAAUUCCGAGCCAAUCAAAACACUUUUACUCUCUCCCCAAGUGGCCCAGUUCUUGUAUGCUGGUUCUGACUCAGGUGUGGUCCAAUCUCCCACAGCGUUUUGUCAUAAAUAUCUGUCCUGUGAGGAUUGCGUUUUCGCCAGAGAUCCGUACUGUGCCUGGAAUGCAAGUUCUGCUUCCUGUAUUAAUAUUUUCCAGGACAAAGCCGAACAGCGGAAGUUGAUUCAAAGCUUGAAAGGAGAUGCUGGGAUAUGUCCCCCAGUUAUGCCUCUUGCAGUUGAGGACUACCAGAAGGUGACGGUAAAGCUGGGCAGUUCUGCCAAUCUGCUGUGCCAGGUGCGAUCAAACCUUGCCCAGGUGUUGUGGAAAUUUGACGACAACAUUCUUAACGAAGCUUCCAACUUCCUUCUAAUGGGAGAGAAUGGGUUGCUCAUAUACAGCAUGACCACGAAGGACCAAGGCCGUUAUGAAUGCUGGUCCAUCGAAAUGGCCGCAGGAAAGAACUUCACACAUUUGGUAGCUGGAUACAUCCUUCGAUUGGACUUUCCUUACAGCACGCCUUCAAUAUCAACAUCGUCUUUAUCAGAUGUGGGUGCUACUUCGCAUUCCGUCGGAUCUACCUUGCGUGACCCAACUACGCCAGCGGAAGGUAAUAACGAUAACACAUCAGGACCCCCACUACUAACGUCAGCCAACACAGAGGCCCCCCCACUAACCACCCCUCCUAGCAACUUCAUUAAACCCAGACAAUACAUCCCUCUGGAAGUCAGCAACUCACCGACGCGCACUGAGACUAUAGACCCAUCAGCAAAGUACAUUGAACAUGACAACAGCAUAGCUCUGUUGUCCCUCUUCUUGCUCUUCUUCCUCCUCUUCCUCGCUGCUCUGGCAUAUAACUGUUAUAUGAAGUACCUGCCUGCACCUUGCCUCCGUUUGCGUGCGGCGCUGCUCGGCUCACACAACAAACCGCAGCCCGAGUAUGCCACCUGCGAGGCCGGCCUGAUGGAGCAGAUGCCGAACAAAAUGGAUCCAGGCGAUCAGCUACAACGGAAUGGAGCACAACCGUUAUGGGCUCCCAGAGACACUGGAUACGAGACGGAACCAGAAUGUGGGAAUGGGAAAAUUCUGUCAAACAGCGAUGAGGAUACGGACGAUAGUGCUUCUAAAGAGCGACCCUUCGACAUAGAGUGCGUUUUGCAGCCGAUUGAAUAUGCCGAUGCAGACACGCCUUACUGAUUCCAAUAUUUACCGCAAGACAUCUACAGCGGAGCAGAGGAUGAGCGAAUAUAACAGUAUGAUUUCUCUCUUGAGCUGUGACCUCUCCAUUGGAAGCUUAGCUUAGCAGCAGUGAUUCAACAUUAAGGUUGUGUACGUAAAAUUAUUUUUGCUUGUGGUUUACGUUUGUCAAGCAAUCUCGCACGUCUGCUUGGCGCAGUAAAGAUUACUAUGCUGCUCUGCAAGAACGAAAAACAAAAGUUCCAAAUUGGAAACAUUAUUUACCAAAUUGGUAUAUUAGCAUGAUGUUUUCCAAAUUGGAGUACUGAACUCUUUUGUUGGGUUGGGUUGGGUUGGGUUGGGGGGGUGGGGAGGCGGCAUGUUCACAGUCAGCAUAGGGUUCGAUCUGAACCUGUUAUGUGCUUUUACAUGUUAAUUGUCUUUCCACUUUGGGUGUAUAUGAAAAAAUCUCAGGGAUGAUUUUAGUUUCACAAAUGCAGGAUUGCGUGUAACACAGGAAGUGUACAGGAAGUGCUCUGGUAGACCAAAAUGGCAGGUAGGCCAAAUUUGGUGGAAAGUUGCGGACAUGGCCCAACUGUCUAGAACACUCAAAAGUUGGAUGGAAAUGGCUCCAACAUUGGUGAAAUGGAACUAAGACUGUCCCUCUUGGUGAAAUGGGUUCCUUUCGUGAAAUAGAAAUUAUCUUGGCUAUGUCUAGAUGAUAACCAUCGUUCUGCGAAACUCUUGCGUAAUUCACCCUAAGCCCCACUGUAACGCUACCCCUUGGUGCCAAUUAAUGUGUUCUUUCUGGAAUUUCUGAAGAACGAAGGCUACCAGCUAGACAAUUAAGAUCGACAUCGUCAAAUGUCUCUAUACGUGGUGAAUUGUUUGUUACUUUGAUGACAAUUUAAAUGGUUCAUUGUGGGAAUAUGACAAUAAAGCAGACCAAAAAUGUCUAAACACUGUGACGUCUCUUUUGCACAGUUCCCACUGGAAACGUUAUGCUGUUAUCGCAGAUCAUGUCUGUUUUCUUUGAGCUGUGUUCCUAUAUAUUUUGAAGCUAACAUUUUAACCUCGUUUUAUUUAAGAGAAAGCAGCCCUUCUUGGUAGCCCUUUUAUAUGGUUCAGUAACACUUUACAAUAAGGUUCUAUUUGUUACAUUAGUAAAUGCAUUGGGUUUCAUGAACAAACAAUGAACAAUAUUUAUGUACAGCAUUUAUUAAUCUUGGUUAAUUUUCAGUUAUGAAUGUACUAUUGUUCAUUAGUAGUAACAAUGUUAAUAUAUACUGAAAAAGUAUUGUUCAUUGUUAGUUCAUGUUAACUAAUGUAGUUAUUAAAUGUUAACAAAUACAACCUAGUAGUAAAGUGUUACCAUUGGUUCUUUUAUCCCUGUGGUCAGUUAUUCAUAACAGACAUUAUUCACGUAGACUAGAUAAAGUUUGUUUGCCAACUUUUUGACUGUUGUCCACAAAUGUGGCCUUUUUAAACCUUUUUUGUUUAAAAGAAUGAAGCUUUAUGUUUUAGAUACUGUAUUUUUACAAGACAUUAUAUUAUUUAAUUAUUUGUUAGCAAUAAUAAGGUGAAUAUCAAACAAACUGUCAGUAAUGUCCAGGUUAUAUUUCAGCCCAAUAUCAAAAGAAAGAAAUAAGACCUGGACAUUUCUUGUGUGAGAUUCACCCAAUAGCAUGUUUAUUCUUUGACAUUUUGCUUUGUUUUGAUUGGUCGCUCCUUGUAUAGUCUUCAAAAGGCCUCAGCUUUUCCACUCUCAUUCCCUCUUUGUGGCAUUUCCUGAUUUUCCAGCUUACCUGAGAUUCUCAGCACACUCUUUCUUUGUCUCUCUUCCUCCAUUCCCUCUCUUCCCUCCUUCCACUUCCUCUUUCCUGCACAGCUUCCUUGGCUGUCCCUCCUGUCCCUGUCGACUCGUUGCCCACUUCCGGUGGUCACCUCUCUGUCUUCCCUUGCUCUUCCUCAUCUCCAUCAUUGUCUUCCUCAUCUCCCUGGAGUGGUUUAGAGGGGGCUCACC